CAAGCGCAGCGACGCGGUAUCGCUAGCGGGCCGCCUAGGAUGAGGUGCUCCCUCCUCGCCGCGCUCGCGGCCGCCGCCGCAUUACAACCGACGCCGCCGCCGCGCCGCCCCCGCGUUAUACUACAAACGAGCAAGAAGCACAGUGGAACGCGACAAAGGCCCAAGGGAGCAGGGCGAGUGCGGCAAGGCGGGAAGCGCGGCGAUUUAUUAAAGGGUAUAUACGACGCGCCGGCGAUCACGAAGGAGCGCCCGUCCGUGAGUGAGGACCCGCUGCUGCCCUUCGUCGAAGCUUUGGCGCGAGCCGCGGACCAGAGAAAAGGUAGGUCGAUUGCUGCCUUCCACGUCGCACCCCUCACAGAUGUAGCAUCGUUUGUAAUAGCGGCCUGCGGUCGAAGCAGGCCGCAGUGCGACGCCGUCGCGGCGGCCGUCGUCGACGACGCGAAGGAGCUCUUCGAUCGCACGCCCAAUCACGUCGAGGGCGGGGCCGAUGGAGGGUGGACCUGCAUCGACUUCGGCGACGUCAUCGUCAACGUCAUGACGCCGGCGUCCCGCGAGUUCUACAACAUCGACGAGAUCUGGAAGAACGCCGAACAAGUGGAUUUGAGCGAGGUCGUCUCGCCCGAGGGGCCCGACGACUUGCUGGACGACGAGGACCUCUUCGACGAAGAAGACGACCUCGAGGACUUCUGGGACGCGCCGAACGCGCCCGACGCCUGGUAAUACAUUGUGUAUAGU